GGCAGAGAUGAACGGGAACCCGUGCGGCCGCAGGCUGGCGCGCCGCCCCCGGUCCGCGCUGCUGCUGGCGGCUCUGGGGGUCCUGCUCCUGCAGACCCUCAUCGUCUGGAACUUCAGCAGCCUGGACUCCUCCGCCGGGGACGGAGGCGCCCGGAGCCGGGGGAAGCGAGAGGAGCGCGGCGCCCCGGAGCAGCAGAAGCGGCGGGACCCGCCGCCGGCCGCCCGGCUCCGGCUGCAGGCGGUCCCCUCCGCCGCCGCACGUGGGUCCGCUCCACCGGCCGCGGGACGAGCCCCGGUCCUCCGGGAAGAUGCCGGCGAGCGGCCGCGGCUGCCGCCCGUCGUUCCGCAUCCCGUCCUCUCCGUGUCGGCAGGCCGAACCUCCCUCCCAUCCCACCGCUUCCCGGGCUCGUCGGUCCGGACUCAGGCCGGCCAGGACGUUCACCGGCCGAAGGAGAAACUUCGGCCCGACAGCAACAACAACGAGAACUCCGUCCCCAAAGACUUCGACUCGGUCGACAGCAACAGUAACCUGGGCGCCCGGUCGCAGCGCCAGCGGGCGCCGGGCGCCAACGCCAAGCGCAAGCAGGACAAGGCGGCGCCGGGCAUGCUGGGAAACCAGGUCCUCAAACACCCCCCGGUCCAGCCCAGAGGCGGGGCGGGGCACAACCGCAGCCACGCCCACACGCUCAAGCCCCGCCCCCAGCCGCCCACCACCCCGGCGGCCCCGCCCCCCCGGCGGGAGCGGCCGCAGUGCGAGCUGAGCGGGAAGGAGGCCAUCUCCGCGCUGUCCCGCGCCCAGAGCCGCGGCUGCCGCCAGCAGAUCGUGGAGGUUUACUGCAAACACCAGGCGAGGGCGCUGAUGCCCGAGACGGCGCCGCGCUUCUGCCCCGUGGACGGUAAACCCAGCGUGAACGUCCAGUGGGACGAGGACGUCUCGGACGCCGCCGCCGCCGCCGCCGCUGCCGCCGCCGCUGCGCCCGUCCGGCUGGCCUUCGUGCUGGUGGUCCACGGCCGAGCGUCCCGCCAGUUCCAGCGGCUCUUCAAAGCCAUUUAUCACUCGUCGCACUUCUACUACAUCCACGUGGAUCAGAGGUCCAACUUCCUCCACAGAGAGGUGGCGUCUCUGGCCAGCCGCUUCGCCAACGUCCGCGUGACGCCGUGGAGGAUGUCCACCAUCUGGGGCGGCGCCAGCCUGCUCGCCAUGUACCUGCGCUGCAUGGACGACCUGCUGAAGAUGGACGACUGGUCCUGGGACUUCUUCAUCAACCUCAGCGCCGCGGACUACCCCAUCAGGACCAACGAGCAGCUGGUGGCGUUUCUCUCCAAAUAUCGCAACAUGAACUUCAUCAAAUCUCACGGCAGAGACAACGCACGCUUCAUCCGUAAGCAGGGCCUGGACCGCCUCUUCUACGAGUGCGACACCCACAUGUGGCGUCUGGGAGACCGCAAGAUCCCCGAGGGGAUCUCGGUGGACGGCGGCUCCGACUGGUUCCUGCUCAACCGGGCCUUCGUGGACUACGUGGUGAACUCCGAGGACGAGCUGGUCAGCAGCAUGAAGCGCUUCUACGCCUACACGCUGCUGCCCGCCGAGUCGUUUUUCCACACCGUGCUGGAGAACAGCGCCCACUGCCAGACCAUGGUGGACAACAACCUGCGCCUGACCAACUGGAACCGCAAGCUGGGCUGCAAGUGUCAGUACAAGCACAUCGUGGACUGGUGCGGCUGCUCGCCCAACGACUUCAAGCCGACAGACCUGCCGCGCUUCCAGCAAGCGUCCAGACCGACCUUCUUCGCCCGUAAGUUCGAGGCCAGCGUCAACCAGGAGGUCAUCAACCAGCUGGACAACUUCCUGUUCGGGCCGUACCCGUCGGGCGCCGCCGGCCUCCAGGCCUACUGGGAGAACGUGUACGAGGAGGAGACGGACGGCGUGGCGUCCCUGUCGGACGCCGCGCUCACCCACUACCACGCCUUCGCCCGGAUGGGGCUGAGCCGCGCCGCCGGCUCGCUGCAGGGCCAUCCCCACGACAACAGCUGCAGGUACGAGGCGCAGCACCACCCGGUCUCCGUUCACGCCUACUUCCUGUCGGACCAGUUCCAGGGCUACCUGGUCCGCCACCUGGCCACCAACCGGGCCUCCGCCCAGCUGGAGAGCCUGGAGACCUGGGUGACCCCCAAGGACCACUUCACCCUCAGCAGCCCGCCGCACGCCGCCAACCGGCUGCUGCACGUCCAGGUGGGGACGGACUGGGACCCGAAGGAGCGCCUGUUCCGGUCCUGGGGCGGCGUCCUGGGCCCGGAGGACGAGCCGGGCGCGGCGCAGCGCUGGAGCCGCGGCCAGAGCAACCUGACGGCCACCGUGGUCUGGAUCGACCCCACCAACGUCAUCGCCGCCACCUACGACCUGCUGGUGGACGCCGCCGCCGAGGUCACGCACUACCGGCCGCCGCUGGCGGCGCCGCUGCGGCCCGGCGUGUGGACGCUGCGCGUGCUGCACCACUGGAGCCCGCUGGGCCAGACCAGCUUCCUGGUGGCGCCGCUGGAGUUCCGCCGCCAGCGGCCCGUCCUGCCAGAGGACGUCCUGCGGCUCCACGCCGGCCCCCCCAGGAACUCCUACAUGGAGCAGAGCUUCCACGGUCUGAACCCGGUGCUCCGCCUGCCCGUCAGCCUGGGCGCCGUGGAGGAGGCGGAGGCCAACGCCGGCCUGACGGGGGCGCCGCUGCGCCUGUGGCUGGACGGGCUGCUGGAGGGGCGCUGGGCGGCGGCCGACGUCUGCUCCGCCGGGCCGUCCGCCUGCCCCGUCAUGCAGCGCUGCGGCCGCACCGCCUGGAGCGCCGCCAGCCCCGACCCCAAGUCCGAACUCAGGCCGCCCGGCCGGGACGGCCGCAUCAGGUAG